GACUCGUGAUAGUCGUGAUAGCCGAUAUUUUUUCGUCUUCUUCUGCUUGGUUAUUUCCUUGAGCCUGCCAUGUGAACGAUUAUGUUUACCUCGGGCUACACGUAAACGUCAAAAAUAUUGUUGGAAUUGAAUUUAUAGGAUCGCCGUGCUGAAUGGUGAUAAAGAUUAUCACUUGACAAAUACGACAUGGCGCAGAAGGACUUCAAAUUUAAUACCUAGAAGACUUGACUGAAGACACGGAAUUGGCCAUGCUGCAAAACGGUUUGAAUAUCUUAUUCAAAUCGUAGCACUUCCAGUCUUUCACUUCAUGCAAGAUGAAUUUCAGAAAUUUGAAAUCUAAACGUCGGGAUUUAUGGUGUAUGGGUAUUUCUGCCAACGAUGAAGGAGUCCUAGAAUCAAUCACUCUAUUGAAGCAAGAUAAACGUGACACGAAUUGUUCUCGAAAAAAUAUGACAUUGCGGGAGAUUCUUCAAUCGUUAACUCGCUAUCGUAGCGUGACGCAGUGGCUCGACCGUAUCAAAGACGACGCGCCGGCGUUUCUUACUAUCACCUCGCUACAGCUUCCCGAUUCUCCGAUACCCUUGAUCGACUCUCAGGCGAUCUCUCGAUGCCACUCUCAAGAGUCGGCCAGAACACUCGACAGCAAUAGCUAUGACAAGGACGACAUCAUGGAUGAGCUUCUGAGAAACGUUGUCACCGUCAGAGGUCAGACGGAAACUCAGAGAUCAAAGCGAAACAAAGGAUCGUCAUCAAAGUGUGCGAGGGAGUUCACGAAUCUCGAGGAAUCUACCCGAAGGAUAAUUGAAGGGCCUGGUUACCCAAGAGGAAGGUCAAGAAGGUCGACCCGAACAUCCAACGGGAACCGACGCGAGGAGUGCGUUUGUUCCAAGGUUUCGAACAAUCUACGAAUAAAUAUUCGCAAGAAAUCGGAAGUCCGGCGAUCGUCUCGAAGCCCGAGUCCGGAGGUGACGCAUGUAAUAAGGAUUGCGAUGAGAUACCACGGCCAGGAGGAACGCGAGGAUGGAAGGUCCGCAGCGAAGCCCAAAGAUCUCGCGACGGACAAGAAGGACCAAUCUGAGGCUGUAGCGCAGGAGGGUCGCGGCUGCUGCCCCGGGGUUAGCGUCGCUCUGGACUUCACUCUGAAUUGUUCAAGCCUCCAUUUGACAUCUCGAGACGUGCCUGUGAAGCCGAGCAGGAACAGGGGCUCCUUGACACACCUGGAUCAAACCGAGGAAAAUGCGGGGCGUGAUUGACCCGCGAAUUUACUUGUUCGAUUUUGAUCUCGUUACGU